CUGGGCUGGACCGCCUGCCCUUUCUCCUCCUCGCCCGCCGGAGCUCGCCGAGUUGGUGCCGCUCCCUCGGGCGGCGUUUUCCCCCCGCCCCGGGGCUGAGCAGCCGCCGCCCCCCGGGACCCCCAUGGCACCGCCGCGAUGUUCGUGUCCCGGCUCCUGGAUUUCCAGAAGACGCGCUACGCCAGGUUCAUGAAUCACCGUGUCCCGUCCAACUGCAGGUACCAGCCCACGGAAUACGAGCACGCAGCCAACUGUGCCACCCACGCUUUCUGGAUCCUGCCCAGCAUCCUCGGCAGCUCCAUCCUCUACAUCCUCUCUGAUGACCAGUGGGAAACCAUCUCAGCCUGGAUCUAUGGCUUUGGCUUGUCCAGCCUCUUCAUUGUCUCCACCAUCUUCCACACCAUCUCCUGGAAGAAGAGGCAUCUCAGGACUGUGGAGCACUGCCUACACAUGUUUGACAGGAUGGUGAUCUACUUCUUCAUCGCCGCGUCCUACGCUCCCUGGUUGAACCUGAGGGAGUUGGGUCCCUGGGCCUCCCACAUGCGCUGGAUCAUCUGGAUCAUGGCAUCCAUCGGGACCGUCUACGUUUUCUUCUUCCACGAGCGGUACAAGCUGGUGGAGCUGGUGUGCUACGUUAUCAUGGGCUUCUUCCCCGCCUUGGUCAUCCUCUCCAUGCCCAACAGGGAUGGCCUCCUGGAGCUGGUGGCCGGUGGGUUCUUCUACUGCCUGGGCAUGGUGUUCUUCAAAAGCGACGGCCGCAUCCCGUUUGCCCACGCCAUCUGGCACCUCUUCGUGGCCAUCGGAGCUGGCAUCCACUACUAUGCCAUCUGGAGGUACCUCUACCGGCCCGGAGCGCUGGACACCGAAACCUCCCGGUAGAAGCCUUAAAGACAUUGUUGGUGCCACCUGGCACGUGGGGACACAGAGGGCAGCGGGGACACAGCCUGCACCGUGGGCUCGCCCCAAAGCGCCCCCUCACCCCAUGGACAGCAGCCGCUGGUGCCCUUCCCACACAGACAGGGGAGCCCAGAGGUUGAUUUUAAAUGCUUUUCUUUUUUAACCUCGGGAACUGUUUAUUUUUUUAGGCAAAGGUUUCAGAACACAGUGACUGACUGGGCUGUGGGUGAUAGGGGAGUGACCACUCGCUGGGAGCUUCGCUCACUCACCCGCCCUCGAGCGUCCCACGGGACUGGGAACCUUGGCCCCACGUGCCCCUGGCUAUGACACCCUGGGUUUGGCUACUGGAGUCCUUAGUGUGUGCCACUGAGGGGACUGGAGGAGUCAGGAUGAGGGGAGAGACCCAGUGGUGGAGAGGGAUGUGGUGACAUCCCUGCACCACCCGGACUGGCUCCUAAAUCAUCCCAAGUCCUGUCAGCACUGCCAGCUCCAUCCCAAGUCCUUGAGGGGAUGGUCCAUACUCAGCAAGCCUUACAAGAGAUUGAAACUUGAAUCUCUUCCAGGGCAUCCCAGUCCCUGAGCACUGGGAAACCCUUUCUCUAAGCCAAUAUUAAGUGCACAACUCACUACAUCCCUGGGAUCCCCCCAUGGACAUUUUCUCCCUGGUUUUCCUCUCCAGCCUCGGUGCCAGUGGCAGCCUGAAGCACAGCCCUGCUCCCAGGCCCUGCUGCACGUGUGCCUUCAGCAGGGAGCAGAGCUGGGAUCUGGCUCCUGGCAUCUCCCUGACUGGGGUCAGCCCCUCCAUUUCAUCCCUUUCUCCUCGAGGGAGGGAAGUGAACCUCCUUGGACUGGGAUCACGGGGCGAGCUGCCUUCCCUGCUCCCAUUUUGCUGAUGAACCUACUGCUCAUCAGAUUUAAUUCCACUUUUGGAAAGAUUUCUGGCAUUUCCAGGGUUGCUGCAGGGCAGGAAUGCAUCCACAUGAAGCCUGGAUGUGAGCUGUGACAGAGAGAUCCUAGUGAUGCUCAGUUUUAAAAUGCCUAACCAUGGCCACAGGCCAAUGAGACAUGGAACAUCCAUCCAGCAGAAUGGGCAAAUCACACCUGAUCCUGCCCCCCAAACACCCUGACAGAGCUGCUGGAGCCAAGGAGGGUGUGGUGUGUGCUGGGCUGUGCCUGCACCUUCCCCAUCAGCCCCCAAAAGAAUCAAUCACCUCUUUUUGGCCUUUGAUUAAUCACAGCCUCUGGCUUGAUGUGGCAAGUGAAGGAGAUCUGGUGCCACCAUCCCACAUCUCCUGCAGCAUUCCAGGGAGCUGGGCAGAGCUUAGGGCCCACCAGCCUGUGGCACCCUGGGACUGGCUGUCCAGGGCUGUGCCAUUUUGCAGCAAAUUACCAAAGAGGAAGCAUCUGGAUACUCACCCCCUCCUGAUGUGCUGCCUGUGGUUGCCAGGAUGGCAAAAAUAUCCGGAGGGUUUUCACUUCCAUGGGCAGACGGUUCCUGUAAAAGGCUCUGGGAGCUGUACCCAGCACCCCAGCCUGAUUUGAGGCUGCUGGGGGUCAGUGCCCAGGGCACCCCAAAGCAGCCUUUGGGCUGGGGCUGCCCUUGGGGUGAUGGGUGGUCUUAGGGAUGGGGGUGAACGAGCUGGUGUGAGCCCAGACUCUGCUGCUGCCUCUGCCCAGCCGUGGCCCUGCCACCUCCUGCAGAUGGAGAGGUGGAGAAGGACAAGCUGUGAGUAACCAGCAGUUGAUGGAGCAUAUCUGGGGUUGGAAUAGCAGGAUACAGAGGUCCCAGAAUGGGAGAUCCCAUAUUUUCUGUCUGGCAAGUCAUUACCCUUCUCUGUGCCUCACUUUCCCCAUCUGGAAAAUGGGGGCAAAGACCCUGACCUACCUCACAGGGCUCAUGUGAGGACCCUGUGAAGCACUUGGAGGGCAGCCAGAGCUUCACAAACACCUGCUUCAAUUUUCACUGAGUCUGGGGGAGCAGGUUCCCAGAGCCACCAUGGGGCACGGUGACAACCUCGGCUUAGUGUGCCUGGCUCUCCUCCCUCUCUGUCACCAAAUCCCACGGGGAGCCACCCUGGGGUCAGACCAUGCAAACAGCAGUCCCAGCCACAGGCAAAUGUCCCCAGGCAGGAGCUGGGGAUGCCCAGGGACCACCAACGUGUUUUGCCCGUGGGCUUCAUCCCAAGGGAUUUAUCUCAGAAACUGUUUUGCCAUUCUGGUCUUUUGGCCCUAAAUCUGUCCCAAGGACUCCCGAGGCACAGGGAGGUGCCAGAAGGACCUUUCUGAGGUGGCUUCAUCUCAGUCUCCUGCUGAAAAUCCAGGCCAGCAGAGAUGCCCGGGCAGGAAUGGAUGGUUGGGCUCUGUGAGGAACAUCACAACCCUGCCUUCAGCCCGGAUUUGCAGAGUGAGUUUCUCUGUAACUGAGAGGCUCCCCCUCUUCUCUUGUUCCUAAAUCCUCCCCUGUCAAAGCAUGGGGGACACAGAGCAAGUUAUUGAAUUGUCCUCCUAUUUUAUACUAAUUUUAAAUGACUCAUAACAUUCAGGGUGUUUGUGGAGGAGGGCUCGAGGGAUCUUUUUAGCAUCUCAUGUUUUCACCAUCCAUCCUUGUUCAAGCAGUAUUUUAUAUUUAACACAGUAUCGGGUCAAACACAAACAAGUGUAAGGAAGAUAACGCUAGUGGAUAUUAUUUCGUGUGGAGUAGGAUUGAAAUAAAAACUCAAGAUACCUCA